AUCAGACAUGGAUGCUUUCCAAACAAUCCUGAAGUUCUUUAUGAACAGGAAAACCGCUAUAGGGUACAGUUUUAUGGCGCUGCUGACAAUGGGAGGUGAACGUGUGUUUUCUCUUGUUGCUUUCAGAUGCCCUUGCAGCAAUGAAAACUUCAGGUACGGUUUGGUAUUUCUCUUCUCGCCAGCUCUUGUUUUGCUAGUUAUUGGAUACUUCUUGAACACCAAGACCUGGAAGCUCUUUACAGGCUGCUGGGUGAAUCCCAGGAAAAUAUUCCCCAGAGGAAAUGUCUGCCAUUUCUUUUACGUCUUUGGACAAAUCACUUUAAAUGCUCUGGUAGCUCCAGUGAUGUGGCUUUCUGUGGCUUUGCUCAACGGGACUUUUUACGAAUGUGCCAUGAGUGGCUUGAAAAAUCCUGCCUAUUUACACGCAGUCUGCCAGAGCAAAUCGGAAAAGUGCUUUGAAGAGCUACACAAGGUAGCCUGUGACAAAAGCUCCAUGCCCUUUUCAGAGAGUGACGAACUGAAACGAACACUUCAAGCACAGUCCCAGAUUUUAGGCUGGUGUGUGAUAGUUACCACAGCUCUCCUCUCCCUGCUAACUACUUGUUGUGCCAGCUGCCAGUCAAAAGUCAGCCACCUUCAGCUGAUGUUCUGGAGAGUGUAUGAGGGGACGGAGAAGGAGCAACUGGAGCAGAUUUUCCAGCUGUAUGCCACAAAGCUGAGUGAGAGAAACCUGAAGUGCUUUUUUGAAAACAAGGAACCAGAACCCAUUUCCCUGCCAGCUUUCCAGGCAUGGGAAGAUGCUUCCCAGCUCUACUCUUUCAGCAGCAGCAAACAGCAUUACAGCAUGAUUCACAGGCUAGUUGAAGAAGGCCAGAAAGGAAUCAAUGAGGAAAGAGAGACAAUGCUGGACCUUGCUGACAGAAGGGAAAUACCAUAGAUCAAGUAUAUUUUCAGCUUUUUUACAUCUUGUUAAUAUGGCAUACUUCUAGAUGGUCCCAUCUCUAUAUUUUUUCACAGUGGCCUCUUUCUUCUUCAUCAUGUUCCCUCCCAGUUAGAUACUUGCUCCAAUAGGACGGAAUGAAAUUAUUUCCCUACAUGAGUGAAAAGGCUCAGUACUUCAUGGCACCCAAGGUUCAGGUCACUGGCUCUGCAUCAAGAGCUGACAGCACAAAGAAAUGAUUAAUGACUUCUACAAGAGGGUUUUAACAAUAUGCUAUGUAAAAUGUGCUAUAGUGUGCUCGUCAUAUGUAAGUCAAGAGACUAUCAAUACAUUAAGUCAUUUAAAGUUUGUGAAUAUAAUAACAGAAGAUGUGUGUGGCUUUCUGACAGCCCACAAAAAGUAAAGGUUUUCUGUCCAGGUCAUUUCCAGGGCAAUUGCAGGUACAGCUUUGUAUUGAGGCACCAGUGAUCCCUCAAGGCUUCUCUGUCUUUGGAUGUUUUGCCUCUGUAGAACAUCUCCCUAUUAUCUUCUCCCACUCUAGAUGUUCUCUUUGUAUGGCUAUAAAGUUCUAGUUUUGAGCGGCUUUCAGGCUCUGGGUGCAGCCUGUAGUGCUAUGUAAUAUGUUUGUACUGGGCCUGCAGCCAGAAUACAACAGAGGGCCUGGAAGGAAAUUCCACUUUUUAAGACAAGAAAAUAUUUUUGCAGAAGACUGACUUUUCGGUUUUUUUGAAUAUCCUAGGAAAACUUAGUGUCUAGAGCUAGAAGAACCAGCAGGUGAGGCAACUGCACAGUCAGUGCCUCUGACAAAUGCAUUUCACCCCAGAGCCGUAUGCUUUACCUCACGCACUUGGAAUUCAUCACGUGGCUCUCAGGGCGUUCAGAGUAUUCGAAAACACUGUAUUAAAGGAGAAAAAAGUUACUUUCCCUGGGGUGGCUGGGCAGGCUUUUGUGCAGCAUUUUACUGCCAGUCUCACCGAGUCUGCAAAGAAUCGUACUUCUGCUGUGCUUGAAUCAUGCUCUUCUCAACAAACUAGGGUAUUCUGCCCAGGUCUUCUCAUACUCAUUGUGCUUCUUCAGCAGGUUAAAGCAUCUAUAUGCAUAUACAGGCCAUUACUCUUGAUGAAAUAAAAUCCAAGCGCUAAUUCAAUUCUCUGCUUAGAACUCUCUACGUUUUCAAGACCUUUGAGACAAUGUUUCAAAGUUCUUUCAUCCCAGAUGACCACUUAGCAGCACACUUACAACAUUAUACGCCUAAAUGCACGUGCUGCAGCUGAAAGCACAGAUGCAACACUGCCAAAAUGAAAGUCACAACAGCAGAUGUGUCUGACACUGUGCCUGGCACAUACACCAACCAUUUUCUCCCCAGGAUCCUCUCCUGCUAUAGCAUCUACCUACUUCCAGGCUAUAUGACCCUUCCUAUUUGUCUGGUUUUAUCUUUCCUUAUGAGAGCUGCCCCAACAUUUUCUGUCCAGCCCCAUUUCACCUCCUCCCUGGGCCAAACUUCCCUUUCCAAAACUGUGUUUCCACCUUCUUGCUCGGAAAAUCAAAGCAAGUAGGGAUGCAUUGGGGACGACAGCAAGUAGGUUAAUGAGUUGAUCAAAGAAAUACGGAAAACAAGCAGGUAGAUGUAAAGAUAAGGCCUCCAGUGCAAUAUAAUAGCUGGGACAUAGAGGCAAAAGCAUAGCUAGUAGAGGAAAGGGUGGGAGGACAGAGUGAUCCCACUUAGAGCUUCUGGCAUCCUCUUUUCCCUCAGAAGAAAACUUAGGGCUCUGCACCUGAGUAGGCCAGGCCAUCUGAAAUGGCAGCACUUCCCAGCCCUAUCUUCUGCUUUAUUGUGGAGGGGCAAAUCCAAGGUGAAUUCCCCUCUCCUCUUCCUUCCCUGCUUCAUGUUUGCAGGUAACUCAUGUUGAGAGUGUCUCCACACCCAAGGGCAGCUGCUGAACGUUUUGUGCUGCAAUGUGUGCCUGAUAGGAGCCCAUCUUUCACUGAUCCUCAUUCCCAGGGCUGUGUGACUCAUUUAUCUCACCAAAACACCUGUGACUUAAUGGAAUUUCCAUGUGUGUCCUAGAAUACUUCUAUAAAAACAGACUGCAGUAACAGCCAGUUUGACCCUAUGUUUUCAAGUGGAAUGUGGGUUUGGCAAAUUUAACUUUGUCCUUCAAGGGCCUAUUGAAAAAGCUGCUCUCUAUCAACAUUGUCCCCAAAUUCAGCAGCUACCGUGGCAGCUCAGAAAGAGACAGACUGUUGUCAACACUGUCCAAAACAAACUGGGGAGAGAGAGGAAAAAAAAACAACAAAUAAAACCAAACAGCAAGAUCAACACUUUCUACUGGAAAAUUACAUUUUGCAUGAAUUCUGAUACCCAUCAAAAUAUGAGAACACAGGAAAACAGGAAAUGUCUGUUCAAUGUUCUGUGCUCUGCCCCUCAGUUUACUCAUUAAAAUUCUCUUAACUCUUCUUCCACUACACAUCUGCUGCUCCAUCAAACUCAAAGUCUUUGUUAUAACAAUAAAGGCUUUUUAACCAUGCUAAGCCCUCAUAUGCUUUAAAUUUAGUUUCAGCUGUAUUUUGCAUUAUGGUAUGAUGAAUCUGUCCAAAUUCUAUUGUUAAAAUUUCCUAUGUAAAAGAGAACUUGCACGGAAACUAUGCAAAAGAAGUAGCUGGUUUACAAUGCAGCACCAAAUUAAGGCCAAAUUGCAAAGCUGUAAAGUGAAAAUUGUGAAAAUGUCUUGGCAGGAACAAUAAUUUAAAUGCAUCGAUAAGCAAUUCAAUGAAUAUAAAAACAUAAUUUUUUUUAAACCAGGCUAUAACUGGACAGCAACUACUUUAAAACUACCAAUUACAGCUUCUCAGAGGAUAAAACAAAGGUCUUUUCAGUCUUUGUGACUCCAAAAGACUGGAAAGUAAAAUGAAUGAGGUGGUUUAGAAGCUGCAUCCCAUAAAUCUGUCUCAUAUUUCUAUGAAGCUAUGGAAGAAAAAAGAAUAUCUGUUUAGACACUUACAGAGGCUUGCCACCAAAAUGAUGCCCAUAUAAAGCAAAAUCUCACUUUUGAAAAUGUUACUUGCAGCUCUAUGACAUUCUGUAUUGCUUAAUGAGAAAAUGAGAUCUAUGCAGUCAGAAUUAAAAAUGUAUCACGGCCCUUUUUCAAAGUCUCAACCAGCAUUCAAUCUCUCUCAAGCAGCAAGAAUAAAAAUCAUUAACAUUUUGAUGGUGCUUAAACACAGUCUAGAAUUACUGAAAUAUUUGGGAAGCCACUCACUUAUCAGUCCCUCUCCAUACUACUUGGGACUUUUCACUACCAAACAUUUUAUUGCAUAAGUCAUGAUGCCAAGAAAGUAAAUACAAACUGUUAAAAAAAUUAAAACCAUGAUUUCAGAUGGCAUAAUAGCAAGAUUAAUGAAGGACCAGGAUUAAUCUCCUUAAAAGGAGAAAAGCAGCCAAAAUAAUAUUUCUGCUAGCAUACUUUUCAUUCUUAGUAUUUUUCCAGUCAGUGUUUGCAAAGAGGAAGAUGCAUUAAAGGUCUUGCCAUCUGUUGCCAAUUCCAAACUUCUCUUCUGAACUUUUCUUUACUCUUCACAGUGCAGCACUUCAAUGUUCUGUUAACUCUCUACCACUGUAGACUAUAUUACUCAGCACAGCCACCUGCUUAUGCGUUUCCCUCUCCCUGCUGAGAUCUGAAAACCAGCAUUUACCAGCUUCAUGAAUUCUGCCAGCUUCUGCCAGACCUUCAAACUGGCCAUAUGUCAAUAUACAGGGACCUUGUGUGGCAGCACCUUCCAUGACAAGGGGCAUCACUUCUCUUGUCCCACAGCUCUGGACUAGGGGGUGACAUGGUUGGAUUACCCCAUCCCUUGUUAUCCCCAGGGAGGUCUCUUCAAAAAGCUCCAGAGAUGUUUAUUUCCUGCAUUCACAGGGUACUGAGGGUCUAAAAGAAAGCCCAUCUCUGCAGCCAUUGCUUUUCAGGAACAGAUCCACCCUUAGGCACAGCACUGUUUAAUCCAGCAGUGGAGCCUCCCAGCCAGCACCAGCUCGCUGUGGACCAGAGGGUGUGGUCUGGCUGCUUCCAGCUCUGGCACACACAGACAUCUCCUGGUGCUAGAGAAGGUAGUGUACAGAUUAGAUCUAAAACCAGAAGCUGUUUUUUGCAACUCAUUUGAUCAGAUCAAUUAUAUCAAGGUCCUAUGAGGAGGAAUUGAAUUAAACUUUUGUUUUUACAGUAUUAUAGAGGAAAAUUAUCACCCUCAUUUCCAAAGUAAUUCUCAGUUAUACUCAGAUCUAAAUUCCGAAUCCCAUCUUGGACAUUACUUCUUCAGCUGGGCUUUGUUCUUAGUAUCAUUCCUUGAUUUGCCAGAAAGCCUACUUUUACAUGUCCUGUUUAAUCUCUUUUUUAAUUCAAUCCCAACUAUAACCAUGCCAAGUCACAGGACCAACACAAGAAGUCAGUGAACACCAUGGGAACUCAGUGUAGAAGGGCUCUCUUUGGCUCCUCAUCAAAACCUGUUGGCCCUUCUCCAAUCCUGUAUAAGGUAGCAGUAAGCCCAGGCUUUGCAGUCUGAACCAGUGGUGGAAGUUUUAAGCUCCCAGUCACUGCCUUAGGUGCACCUUUUCUCCAGUAUUUAUUUCUUGAUCUGGGAAGCUGGCUUUGUAGUCCUCAUAUUAUGUUUUUUUUCUUUUGCUUCAUCUCUUUCCAUUUCCACAGGGAACACCCACAGCCUUACACACUUUGUUUUCCAAAGGACUGCAGGAUAACAGCUAUGUUAACAGCAGGUUUGGCUCUUAACUACAUGAAUUGCUUAACUGUCUUAAUUACUUUAACUUUGAACUGGUUUUACUCAUCCUCAAACAGAUUUAUACCUGUGAAGACUUAGUGCAGUUAAGUAUUUAAGCACUUUCUCCUAGCUGGGAGCAAUCAUGCUGAAGUGUUAAGGAGAUGAUGUAAACAGCUUCAUGAUUCUGAACUAAAAACUUUAGUAGAGUAUUUACAGUUACUUACUGGGUCACUUUCCAUGUUUUGUUGGUAUGUGUCUCAGACAAAUGUGCUCAAAGAUUAAUUUAUAAUUGUUUUGCCAAAGAAAAGUGAAAAUGCUGUCCAUAUCGCGUUUUGCCUCAGAAAUGUUAUACUCCUACUACAGAACUCCUCUUUCAGUUUGCUAAAAAUAGUCUUUUGAAGGGACACUGUGUGCUUUCAAGUUUGUUCCAAUCUUUCCAAGCAAUUUUUUACUUCUCUUAAUAAGUGUCUUUUGAAGUACAACCUGCAGAGAAAUAGUGUCUUUUUCCAUUGUUAAUUUCUCACUGUACUUUGCUGUUGAAUACCCUGUACUUAAGAAUGAUGGUUCAACUCUAAUAAUGCACUUGUAAGGAAGGGAACUAUGAGGAAUAAGAUCCAGAAAACCAGAUAUCUGACAUAUAUGUGAAAAUAAAGUACCAAUACCACCGGAAGAAGAAUGUAAAAGUGAACAAAAAUGUGAUUUUUUCAGCCUGUUUUAAUUUUUUAAUGAGGCAGUGUAUUUUAAAACAGUGAUUUAAAUGCUGCUUGUCUCACCAGUUUCAUUCAGUUGUCCUCACUGUCUCCAAUGGAUCCUCUACCCCAGCUCAGCUGCUUACCAGGAUGAACUUUAUUAUAUAUCAUUCUUAUUUAAAUUUCUCUUUGAAAUUCCCUGGAAUUCUAACUUGCCAAUGGGGGCAAAAGUACAUCUUUAGAAACCUGUGUCUUUCUUGUCUGACAGAAGUGUGAACAGCUACUGAAUUAAAGGGAAAUUUCCACUAAAGCAGAUGAAAGUA